AUGUCUCCCUUUCUGCGUAUUGGCUUAUCCAACUAUGACAGUGGCCCUUACCUGCCAUCCCAGGGGGAGGUUAUUAACCCUUACUGUGCUGUGAUGGUUAAAGAAGCCGUGGAGUCAGAAAAUGGCCAAGUGUACGUGCAGAAGAAGCCCACCAUGUAUCCACCCUGGAACAGCACUUUUGAUGCCCAUAUCAACAAUGGCAGGGUCAUGCACAUCGUUGUCAAGGACAAAAGUGCCGAAAUGGUUUCAGAGACCACGGUGGAACUCAAGGUGCUGGCGGAGAGGUGCAAGAAGAGCAAUGGGAAGACAGAGAUAUGGCUAGAACUGAAACCUCAAGGGCGAAUGCUGAUGAAUGCAAGAUACUUCCUGGAAAUAAGUGAUGCAAAGGACCUGGCUGACUGUGAGACUGAAGGCUUUUUCUCCUUGCACCAGCGCAGGGGAGCCAUCAAACAGGCCAAAAUCCAUAAUGUCAAGUGUCAUGAGUUCACAGCCACCUUCUUUCCACAACCCACCUUCUGCUCUGUGUGUCAUGAAUUCGUAUGGGGUCUCAAUAAACAAGGCUAUCAAUGCAGACAAUGUAAUGCAGCCAUUCAUAAGAAGUGCAUUGAUAAAGUAAUAGCCAAGUGUACAGGAUCAGCAAUCAAUAGCAGAGAAACAAUGUUCCAUAAAGAGCGGUUCAAGAUCGACAUGCCUCACCGCUUCAAAGUCUACAACUACAAGAGCCCGACUUUCUGUGAGCACUGCGGCACACUCCUCUGGGGCCUUGCACGGCAAGGACUGAAGUGUGAUGCAUGUGGCAUGAACGUACAUCACAAGUGCCAGACAAAGGUAGCAAACCUUUGUGGAGUUAACCAGAAACUAAUGGCUGAAGCUCUGGCAAUGAUAGAGAGCACCCAGCAGGCUCGCUGUCAGCGUGACACUGAACAGAUCUCCAGGGAUGGACCUCUUGAAAUUGGCUUCCCUGUUCCUGUGGAGGUAACACCGAUUCAGGCAUUGCCAGCAUCUACAACAGGAAAAAAAGAGCCACAGGGCAUCUCCUGGGAGACUCCGGUGGAGGGCACAGUGAAGGGGGAGUCCCUAAUAGAGUCAGACUUGGGAGAACAGACCCAGGAGCAAGAAGAGCACCAAGUGCAGCUAAAACUAACCAUCGAAGAUUUUGUCCUGCACAAGAUGCUGGGGAAGGGCAGUUUUGGCAAGGUGUUCCUCGCCGAGCUGAAGAGCACAGACCAGUAUUUUGCCGUGAAAGCCCUCAAGAAGGAUGUGGUGCUGAUGGAUGAUGAUGUUGAAUGUACGAUGGUGGAGAAGAGAGUCCUCUCCUUAGCGUGGGAGCACCCAUUCCUGACUCAUGUCUUCUGUACGUUCCAGACCAAGGAAAACCUCUUUUUUGUGAUGGAAUACCUCAAUGGAGGAGACCUCAUGUUCCAUAUCCAGAGCUGUCAUAAGUUCGACCUUCCCAGAGCAACGUUUUAUGCUGCUGAAAUCAUAUGCGGGCUCCAGUUCCUUCAUUCCAAGGGCAUAAUAUACAGAGACUUGAAGCUAGACAACGUCCUCUUGGACAAUGAGGGGCACAUCAAAAUUGCUGACUUUGGGAUGUGCAAGGAGAACAUGUUCGGAGACGCAAAGACAAGUACUUUCUGUGGGACUCCUGACUAUAUCGCUCCUGAGAUACUGCUGGGGCAGAAGUACAACACCUCUGUUGACUGGUGGUCCUUUGGCGUCCUCCUGUAUGAGAUGCUUAUUGGCCAAUCUCCUUUCCAUGGCCAAGAUGAAGAGGAGCUUUUCCAGUCUAUCCGUAUGGAUAACCCGUUCUACCCUCGCUGGCUUGACAAGGAUGCAAAGGACAUUUUGGUGAAGCUUUUUGUGAGAGAACCUGAGAGGAGACUGGGAGCAAGAGGGAACAUCCGCCAGCAUGCCUUUUUCCGGGAAAUAAACUGGGAGGCUUUAGAAGAAAGAAGGAUGGAGCCUCCUUUCAAACCGAGAGUGAAAUCUCCGAGUGACUGUAGCAACUUUGACAAGGAAUUUCUAAAUGAAAAACCUAGACUGUCAUGUGCCGACAGAGCACUGAUUAACAGCAUGGACCAAAACAUGUUCAGCAACUUUUCUUUUGUGAACCCUAAAAUGGAGAAAAUAUUUUCCUGA